UCGGACGCAAGGUUGCCAGACCACUCACGACCUUUAGCAAGUGCUUACAGUUACAACUUUGUUCCAGAGGAGGUCACAAGUUUACUGACGGCGCCAUGGCACUUCUAUACUACUUUGAGACCACCAUUGACUUCUGCGGGAAAGACCAAAACAGUUUUUUCAAAAAAUGGCUUGAAAUAGCCCAGAAGUUCAUUGCUUAUCCAUCCAAAGCGACGGGAGUGGAAAUCAAGCAGUUCUGGAAGAUAUGCGGAGAAAAUAAACUGAUUGGAGUGCUCAGUGUGGAGACACCAGGACAACUGGACAUUUGCUUUGCGACUCUGUUAAAGCAGCAAACAGAGGAUAUUCGCAUCACCACUGAGGUGAAACCUUUCAGACCCUAUGAGGAUUUCGCUGGAACUGUUGCCGAGAGGUGUAAUCGGAGCCUGGACGCUACUCAUGUGGAUAGCGUGACAAAAGAAGGAUUGUAUUACUUCCUGUGGUCUCGAGUCGAAUACAUGGGCAUAACUCAAUUGGAUCUUUGCAAUACUUGGACUGACGAAGCGAUAGCUGCUAUAAAAGCAAAGAAACUAGGGAAUAUCGUGGACUUAUGGAAAGUGGUGGCAGAACGACAGGUUUGGGUGAUUGUGCGCAUGAACAGUCUGAAGGACGCGGACGAGCUUUUAACAUUCGAUCUUCCGAUCUUAAAGAAAAUGGGCGCUCAAGUUUACACCAAGUGCAAGUCUAUAAGGCCAGUCAGCCAAUGGAUCGAAGAUCUUAAGAAACUGGUUUCUUAGCUAAAUGGUGUAAUCCUGUAAUUUUUAGUGUUAGGGUUAGAUUAAAGUGAGAUAUUCCACUGUCAA